AGCAAAUUUCCAACUAUGUCUCAGUUAUCAUCACAAGGUAGCAAUGCUAUCAUAUAUUUAUCCUAUGCGUUCAUGUUGGCUACUGGGUUAUUCUUAGCUUGGAAAUAUACUUCAGCUAAAGAUUUCCUUCAGUCCAAUGGUACACAACGAGGAAUACCAUUGGCAUUAAACUUUAUUGCUUCAGGUAUGUCUUUUUAUUUUUAUUUUAUUUUGUUUUUCAUUUCAACAAACUUUCUACUUAUCGAAUACCAGGAAACUUUAACUUGUAAAUUGAACAUUCACAAACUGACGGGUGUCCCUAUCUUUCCAGUAAUGGAAGGAAAGGGCCUGAGAAUAUACCGUACGAACUCGAUCAAGCUAAUACUUGCGUGAGGAAAAGUUUGUGUUGAAAAAAAUCCGAGGUGGGAAAUAUGUUACUAACUCGUAAAAUAAAGCCAUGGGUGUGGGUAUUUUAACCACUUAUGCUCAAAUUGCAAACAUUUCCGGGUUGCAUGGUCUUUUAGUAUACACUUUAUGUGGUGCCAUCCCUAUUGUUGGGUUUGCCGUGUUUGGGCCCCUUAUCAGACGUAAAUGUCCUGAUGGGUUUAUCUUGACCGAGUGGGUCAGAAGAAGAUUUGGGGUGGUUACUGCAUUAUAUUUGUCAUUUUUCACCUGUUUAACCAUGUUCUUGUUUAUGGUUGGUGAAUUGUCAGCCAUUAGUGGUGCCCUUGAAACUUUAACUGGGGUCAAUGCUCUCGCAGCAGUUAUUGUCGAAUGUGUGGUUACUACUAUCUAUACAUUCUUUGGUGGGUUCAGAAUCAGUUUCAUAACCGAUAAUUUCCAGGGUGCAUGUGUAUUGAUCCUUUUGAUUAUUUGUGCCGCGGGCAUGGGCUCAUAUAUUGAAAUUGACCCUUCGAAAGUUGGUCCUAGUGGAUUACUCAAGAGUAACAAAUUAGGUUGGCAAUUGGUUUACAUUCUUUUUGUUGCCAUUGUCACUAAUGAUUGUUUCCUUUCUGGAUUCUGGUUAAGAACCUUUGCCAGUAAGACCGAUAAAGAUUUAUGGAUUGGUACUUCCCUUGCGGCAUUUGUCACUUUUGUGAUCACUACUUUGGUAGGAGUUCCCGGUUUCCUUGCUGUUUGGUCAGGUGAUUUAACUGUGGGUGAUGACGAAGGGUACAAUGCCUUCUUUAUCUUAUUGGCCAAGAUGCCUAGAUGGCUUGUGGCCUUUGUGAUUAUUUUCUGUGUUGUGUUGUCAACGUGUACGUUUGAUUCAUUACAAUCUGCCAUGGUUUCAACUAUUUCCAAUGAUGUUUUCAGAAACAAGCUUCAACUCCAUUGGACUAGAUGUAUUGUUAUUCUUGUUAUGGUUCCAAUUGUUGUUUUGGCAGUCAAGGUUGCUGACAACAUUUUGCAAAUUUACUUGAUUGCCGAUUUGGUAUCUGCCGCCAUCAUUCCAGCUCUUUUCUUGGGUCUUAGUGAUUCAUGGUUUUGGUUCCUUCGUGGGUUUGAUAUUAUGUGUGGUGGAUUAGGUGCAUUACUUGGUGUGUUUAUUUUCGGUACUGUUUACUAUGGAAGUGCAAGAGAAGGUGGGAAAUUAUUGUUGAUUUGGAAUGGUAUUUACAGCUCCGAAGAUUGGGGUGCAUUUGGAGCUUUUGUCAUUGCCCCAUUUGGAGGUAUACUUAUAACUUUAGUGGCCGCUGGGGUAAGAAUUGCUGGUGCUUAUUGUUAUAGUAAGGCCACUGGCAAGCCAUUCACUGCGUUGGAAAGAGUUGUUAUGGAAGAAGACGAAGUAGAAGAAGUUUCUACGACUUAUGGAUCGUUAGAAGAUCACGACAAGAAGAUUGCUACAGAAUCUCCAUAGAACAAGUAAUGUAUAGUAAAUUAAUAUGUAAAAUUG